CUCCCCCUGGCUUGCUCUGCCUGCUUGCUUUGUUUGUUUGUUUAUGGAGACAGGGUUUCCCUGUGUAGCCAUGGCUGUCCUGGACCCAACUCUAAACCUCAAACUUGGAGAAUUCCACCUGCUUCUGUCUCUCCUCCUCCUGAGCUCUCAGAUUAAAGGCAUGUGCUGCCACCCCUGGCUAUUCAGCCUGCUUCUUGGACAACUCAGUUCCACUUUUGUAGGGAAGACACCACCUCCAGUGUGCUGUGCUGGGCCUUCCCACAGAAACCAUUGAUCAAGAAAAUGCUCCACAGGCUCCUGUCUUAUGGAGACAUGCUCUCAACGGAAGCAUCCUCUUCUCAAGAUGACUGACAGUGACCAACCUCCAUUCCUCGGCAUGCUGUCUUUCUAUAGAUCAUGGCCCUGAGGGCAUGUGGCUUGAUCAUCUUCCGAAGACACCUUAUUCCCAAGGUGGACAACACAACAAUUGAAUUUCUGCUGCUGCAGGCGUCGGAUGGCAUUCAUCACUGGACUCCUCCCAAAGGCCAUGUGGACCCCGGCGAGAAUGACUUAGAAACAGCCCUGAGAGAGACUCAGGAGGAAACAGGCAUAGAAGCAAGCCAGCUGAUCGUCCUUGAGGGGUUCAGAAGGGAGCUCAAUUAUGUGGCGAGGAAGAAGCCUAAAACAGUCAUUUACUGGCUAGCAGAAGUGAAAGACUAUGAUGUAGAGAUCCGCCUCUCCCAGGAGCAUCAAGCCUACCGCUGGCUAGGGCUGGAUGAGGCCUGCCAGUUGGCUCAGUUCGAGGAGAUGAAGGCAACGCUCCAAGAAGGACACCAGUUUCUCUGCUCCACACCAGCCUGAGCUGACCAGAACAAAUGCUUCCAUGGCAUCCUUAAGGGUUUUUGAGAUGAGCCUACCCUUUCCAUCCAGGGAAGGAUGCGCUGGCCUUGGGCUUGCUACAGCCGAGAGCAGAUAGGUUAGUGAAAUUAAAUAACUCCACACUCAGCCAGGAAGCCCUGGAUUCAAUCCCUAGCAUAGAAAAUAAUUACUUUAAAAAGAAGAGCAAGGGGGUUGGGGAUUUAGCUCAGCGGUAGAGCACUUGCCUAGCAAGCGCAAGGCCCUGGGUUCGGUCCCCAGCUCCGAAAAAAAGAAAAGGAGAAAAAAAAAAAAGAACAAGGAAGAUGGAUUUUAGCAAAGGAGGGGUACAGUCCUUAAAAUGCCAGCCCUAAAGUACCUCUUUAUCAUUUAUAAAUAAACUUCAAGCAACUUACAUGCCCUUUAA